AAGUGAGAGGAGUGUGGGAGGGAGGGAGAGAGAUGGCCUUCUCUGGCCUUCUUCCCCGAAGAGUAGAGAGAAAAACUCUCUCCCUCUCUCUCCCUCCUGCAACUUGUAAUCGUUUCUAGAAAGAUAAUCCGUUUUCGCAAUUCCAAACUUUGGCUAAUGGCUUCUCUCUGCUUCGUUGGUUCACAGAUUCGCUCGUUUCGUUUAGCUAAAGCGAGCUCACAGCAAUGGAGUCGGUGGGAAAAGUCGUUAGGAAGGAGAUCGACGGGGUCGGGUUCUGCUUCGGUACGGUGCAGUCUUACGAUCCUUCUGGAUUUUACGAGAUCGUUUACGAGAAUGGCGUUACGGAGACUUCGAGUUUGACCGAGUUUGCUGCUCUCCUGGUGGGAGAAGGCCAAUUCGAGGAAGCGGAAACGCCGGUUCAAGUGAAUGGUUGUAAGAGGAGCAGGAAGCGGCCUCGGGAGAAUGUCAAGCGAUACAGUAAGACGUUGCCGAACGAGGUCAAUGUGAUGAGGGAUGUCGAUUUGAACGAAGAGAUUCCGGAGGAGGAUGCUGGGGUUAGUGACGGCGGUUUGAGAGGGAAUCUUGAUUUGAAUCGUGCACCUGUGGAGACUCUAGAUUUGGAUUUGAAUACGGCGGUGCCGGAGCCUGAUGAAGGUAUUGGUUACGAGAAGAAUUCUAGUAACAAAAGGAGGAGAUUGAUUGAUCUGAACAUGGAUGCGAGCUGUGAUUUGGAGGAUGCUGAGGUCCGUGACUUGAAUGCUGACGAGAGGGAGGGAUGGUUUGAUUUGAACGUGGCGGCUGACGUGGAGAACAGCAAUGCUGACGUACUAGUUCAGAUGAACGGAGAUGGCGAAGUUCAAGAAACCAACGUGCAGGAUGAAAACGGUGUCCAGGAUGAUCUUGAGGCUGGAGGAUUUGAAGAAGUCCAUGUUGCUGAAGUCUCCAGCGGUCAGAUAUUGGAGGAGAUACAGGAGGAGAACACUGUUUCAGCGCAAGAUCUCAAGGCUCCUGAUGCUAAUGGAUCUGAGGGGGAUCAUGAUGUUCCUGAGCAUAACAGUGCUUCACUGCCAGAUCUCAAUGCUCCUGAUGCUAAUGGAACUGAGGGGGAUCAUGAUCUUCCUGAGCAUAACAAUGUUUCACCGCAAGAUCUCAAUGCUCCUGAUGCUAAUGGAGUUGAGGGGGAUCAUGAUCUUCCUGAGCGUAACAACGUUUCACCGCAAGAUCUCAACGCUCCUGAUGCUAAUGGGACUGAGGGGGAUCAUGUUCUUCCUGAGCAUAACAGUGUUUCACUGCAAGAUCUUAAUGCUCUUGAUGCUAAUGGAGCUGAGGGGGAUCAUGAUCUUCUUGAGCGUAACAGUAACAGUUUUUCACCGCAAGAUCUCAACGCUCAUGGUGCUAAUGGGGCUGAGGGGGAUCAUGUUCUUCCUGAGCAUAACAGUGUUUCACUGCAAGAUCUUAAUUCUCCUGAUGCUAAUGGAGCUGAGGGGGAUCAUGAUCUUCCUGAGCGUAACAGUGUUUCACCGCAAGAUCUCAACGCUCCUGAUGCUAAUGGAGCUGAGGGGGAUCAUCAUCUUCCUGAGCAUAACAGUGCUUCACUGCCAGAUCUCAAUGCUCUUGAUGCUAAUGGAGCUGAGGGGGAUCAUCAUCUUCCUGAGCAUAACAGUGCUUCACUGCCAGAUCUCAACGCUCCUGAUGCUAAUGGAGCUGAGGGGGAUCAUCAUCUUCCUGAGCGUAACAUUGUUUCACUGCAAGAUCUCAAUGCUUCUGAUGCUAAUGGAGCUGAGGGGGAUCAUCAUCUUCCUGAGCAUAACAAUGCUUCACUGCCAGAUCUCAAUGCCUCUGAUGCUAAUGGAGCUGAGGGGGAUCAUCAUCUUCCUGAGCAUAACAGUGCUUCACUGCCAGAUCUCAAUGCUUCUGAUGCUAAUGGAGCUGAGGGGGAUCAUCAUCUUCCUGAGCAUAAUAGCGCUUCACUGCCAGAUCUCAACGCUCACGAUGCUAAUGGAGCUGAGGGGGAUCAUCAUCUUCCUGAGCGUAACAUUGUUUCACUGCAAGAUCUCAAUGCUCCUGAUGCUAAUGGAGCUGAGAGGGAUCAUCAUCUUCCUGAGCCUAACAGUGCUUCACUGCCAGAUCUCAACGCUCCUGAUGCUAAUGGAGCUGAGGGGGAUCAUGUUCUUCCUGAGCAUAACAGUGGUUCACUGCAAGAUCUCAAUGCUCCUGAUGCUAAUGGAGCUGAGGGGGAUCAUGUUCUUCCUGAUCAUAACAGUGUUUCACCACAAGAUCUCAACGCUCCUGAUGCUAAUGGUGCUGAGGGGGAGCAUCAUCUUCCUGACCAUGUUGCUAACUCUGUUGAUAAGUUUCUCUCUGAUAGGGAUCAUUAUCAUCCUGUCAGUAGCACUGUUACAGCUUGCUUAGCUGAUGAAGUAUCGCCUGCUCUGUCAGUUAAUUGUCUGACAGCCGAGAAAAAUUGGAUCGUUGAGGAGAUCUCUUUGCUUCCGCCAAAGCCACAGUUACCUCCAUCCUCACCUAAUUUGAAUUUGGAUGGUCUUCCCAUUCCGUAUGUCUUUGCUACUUACUCUUUUCUGCGGUCCUUCAGUACUGUGCUGUUUUUGAGUCCCUUUGAGUUGAAGGAUUUUGUGGAAGCGCUGAGGUUCACGUCUCCUAGUCUACUGUUCGACAGCAUCCAUGUUUCCCUCUUACAAAUGCUAAGAAAAGAUUUGGAAAAACUCGCUGGUGAAGAUGACCAGUCUGCGACUCUUUGCCUGAGGAGUCUUGAUUGGGACAUGUUGGAUGUGGUUAAUUAUCCCCUUUAUGUAGUCGAAUACCUGCUAUUUUCUGGUUCUAAGGACGGCCCUGGAGUGGAUCUAACUCGGUUUAACUUUUUCAGAAAUGAGUACUUCAGACUGCCCAUGGCUCUGAAAACUGAGAUACUUGCCUGUUUGUGUGGUGAUAUGAUGGAUGCUGAAGUUGUGAUAUCAGAGCUUAAUAAAAGAUCUGCUGGUGGUUCCUUUGACAGGAACGUUGACGAAUGUUUUAUUUGUAAAAUGGUUGGUAACUUAGUGUGCUGUGAUGGUUGUCCAGCUGCCUAUCAUUCUAAGUGUAUUGGUGUUGCCUUGGAACUUUUGCCUGAGGGUGUCUGGUACUGCCCUGAAUGUUCAUUUGACCGGCAUGCGCCAGGAUUGAAGCCUGCAAAGCAAAUUCGAGGAUCACAGUUAAUAGAGAUUGAUCCCCAUGGCCGAAAGUACUACAGCAGUUGUGGCUACUUAUUGGUGAUAGAUAGCGACGGUUCAGGCUCAGCGAACUACUACCAUGCAAAUGGUGUGAUGCUUGUGCUGGAGCAGCUCAAGUCAUGCGGUAGUUUCUAUGUUGACGUAACAACUGCAAUUAAAAAGCACUGGAAUAUCCCUGUUACGGCUCCUCUAUCAGCUCCAGAAAAACAGGCAACAUCUGGAGUUAAGAACAGGCUGGAGGAAACAUCCAGGAAUGGAGGUUCACAUCUUCGUUGUCAUAGGACUCUUCGGGAGAUAUCAGAUUCGGCUACUGAACCAGAUAUCCUCAAUAUGAGUUCUGAAGGAUCUGCCGAAACUGCAAACAAUGGUUUGGAUGUCAUGGAAGAGCCAAAUAUGAUGAACACAAGGGAAGAAGUUAGACCUAAUGCGCAGAGUGAAUCGGGCUACAGAAACCAGUACAUAUUUGCUCAGUUGACUACAGCAAUUUCUGAAGAGAUGGCACGUAACUCACCUGACCGUGCUAAUGAUAUGAGAUUUGAUGAAGAGAUAGCUUCGACCCAGCUGAAGACUAUAUUGAUGAAAGCCAACAAAUUUCAAUGGCGAAGCAUCCAAGGCCUCUACCUAGAUGCAUGGAAAGAAAAAUGUGGAUGGUGUCAUUCUUGCAAGUUUGGGGAUGCCGGGAGGGAGAAAAUUUGUUUUUUUAAUAUGAGUCUCGGGGCUUUACGGGGUCCUUCGGAAAGUGAGAUUGCUAACAGUCAACCCAUUGAUAACAAAAGUCAUUUUAUGGCUAUCAUAACGCAGUUAUUAUCCAUGGAAAGUCGAUUGCAAGGUCUUUUGGUGGGUCCAUGGUUGAAUCCACAGCACUCCAGUAUUUGGCGUGAACACAUUCUGAAAGCAUCAAGCAUGUACAGCUUGAGACAUUCAUUGGUUGAAUUUGAGGCGAAUUUGCACCAUCUUGUUCUUUCACCUCAGUGGCUAAACCAUGUCGAUUCUGCCGUAGAAAUGGGCUCGUCUAAACAUGUUCUCAUUGCUUCCACACGAUCAUCGUCAAAGACUACCAUUGGUAAAAGAAGGGGGACAUCGUUGGAGUCUGGGGUUAACCAUACUACUGCAAAGAAUAAUGGGGGAUCGCCCAUGUGUUGGUGGAGAGGCGGCCGACUUUCACGGCAGUUAUUCAACUGGAAGGUUUUACCUCGCUCUUUGGUCUCGAAUGCUGCUAGACAAGGUGGAAGUGUGAAUAUUCCAGGAAUAAUGUAUCCUACUGAGAAUUCAGAGCCCGCUAAGAGAAGCCGACGUGUUGCCUGGGAAGCAGCUGUUGAGUCAUCUACGACUUCAGAGCAGCUCGGUUUUCAGGUGAGGACACUCCACUCUCACAUAAAGUGGGAUGAUAUUGAGAACAGUCAUCUUCUUCUUGCAUCGGACAACGAAUCCAAAAAAUCUGCCAGGCUGUUCAAAAAAGUGAUUGUCCGUAGGAAGUGCAUAGAGGAAGAGACUGUUAAGUAUCUCCUUGACUUUGGUCAAAAGAGAUCUAUUUCUCAAAGCAGAUAUAUUCCAGAUGUUGUAUUGAAGAAUGGUCGGAUGAUUGAAGAAUCCUCGGGUGAAAGAAGAGAGUACUGGCUGAAUGAAUCAUAUGUGCCUUUACAUCUGCUGAAAGGAUUUGAAGAGAGAAAAGCUGUACGAAAAACUAGUAACCCAGGAGGCUCUUUUAGACACCCUGAGAUAGAAAAAGUACGGGAAAGGUCCUCAGAGAGAAAAGGAUUCUCGUGCCUUUUUGAAAGGGCAGAAAGAUCCGAGUCUUCUUUGUGUGAGCAAUGUAAGGAACAUGUGCCUUUGAGUGAUGCUGCGUGGUGCCACAUCUGCAAAAAAUCAUUUCACAAAGAUCAUAUCAGGAGAGCGGACGAGGAAGGCAUGUACAUCUGUCUUCCAUGCAAAAGAGCAGUGCUAGCAGAAGAACAACCCAUCGUACAGAAAAGAAGGCGCCCCGCAGGGAGUCAACGUAAUAAAACUGGAGCUCGGACACAAAAGCGUAAAACGGUCAUACCUGCUCGCAACUCACUUCGGCUGAAGGCAGGGAGAAUAUCCUUUAGGGUAAAGAAACAUAAAAAGGCUGUUGCAACUAAACCAUUGCGACGUUCAGGCAGGCAAACGAAGCAGGUUGUUCGGCUGCAGGAUGAAAGUCAAGUUCCUGGAGGGAGUGAGAAACGGAAGCUGGAAACUGAAGGAGACAGAGGCAGUGCUAAGAAAGCAAGACAAGAGAAUUCCAAAACCCUUAAGAGAAAAGAAAGGUGCUCGACCUAUUGGUUGAAUGGACUCCGCUUAUCAAGAGAGCCUGGUGAUGAACGGAUCAAUAAGUUCCGGAGAGAUGGAUGUUCUAAACCUUUGAAGAACUCGGGUUCUGUUCAAGUUCGAGGUGAGUGUCGUUUAUGCGGCUCGAUGGACUCUGAAUCCGGAUCAACUCUCAUCGCCUGCGAAAAAUGUGAAAAAUGGUACCAUGGAGAUGCAUGUGGGAUUAACGAGAAGAAUUCAAGUAUGGUGAUUGAAUUCCGGUGCCAUAUCUGUCGAGAGAAGCCUUCACCCUCAUGUCCACCUAUGUAAUCUUACUACUUCCCUUGCCCCAUCCUAAGCUGUGAGUUUGUUAUGAUAGAAUAUUCUUAGGGUGGGAUCAAGUUGGGAGAAUUAGAUAGGGGAAGGUGUAACUUGGAGAUGUCUUUAGGAGAAGAGUAUUGCGUAAGUGAAUCAAGGGAAAGGAGUAACAGAAGAGGCAACAGUUUGGAGAUAGUAUGAAGUUAGUUUGGCUUGUUGGGACUGCUAACUUGGAUGAGUAGGUACUAAAGUGAAGUGUUUGACUUAAAAGAGUUAAGUGAACAAAUAUGAAAUUCAAGAACCAGAGAUAAUUUAUCUCAUUUGAUUUCUUUUUCUUUUUCUUUUUCUUUUUAUAAUGGAGGAACUUGGUAAACAAGUGAAAGUAUGUAAUAAAGAAUGUUGAAUCCAUUUUCUAUCGAAAUACUUUGGUAAA